GCCCCCGUUGGUACAUUUAGGUCCUCGCUCCCCGUCCCCCUCACUCGUCUCUUAUCUCUUCCCACACCACAACCUCUACUCCUCGGACGCUCUCUUCUUUUCUCUUCUUUUCCAAACAAUCUACUUGGCCAAAACUUCAUCUUACGCUUAUUUACUCAACACGCACACGCUUUCUCUAGCGACAGCCUCUGUCGCGCUCACAGGUCGGACUUAGUGCACAGCUCCGGCCUACCACUUACACUUUCCGCAACCAGUCGCCACCCAACGCCGAACGCUUAUCCUCACCACCACCACACCACCAACACCACAAAAUCAUCAUGUCCGGCGACAGCGGUCCUACAGCUGGCGUGCCUCAGCGCCGCAGCUCAAUCACCCAGGCAGCUCUCUCCAACCUUUUUUCACGUGGCCCCUCGGUUGGCAACGUGCCGCCCAUUCCCGCCCCCGGCGAUAACCAGCGUCGCCGCUUAUCCGUCAACACCAUCGGCUUAUCCGGCACCUCGCCCACCAACUCGUCUGUCUUUGCCAACAUCCGACGCGGCAGCAUUUCUACCAACUCUAGCGCUAUCGACGAGAAUGCCAUCGACGACGAUGAGUUUGCCCCAGAGUCCAGCAGAACUGCCCCCGGCACACCCUUUGUCCGCCGCAUGAGCUUCGGCACCAACAAUGCUGCUGCUAUGCGCGGGUAUAGACCAGGCGGCGGCAGCCCAGGAAAUGAUCAGCAAGCAUUCAAUUGGUCUGAGCAGCUCAGAUCGCGCGCCGAAAGUUCUGUCAGCGGCGCUCGGCCGUCCUUCUCCUUCGGCUCUCCACCCACCCGCCAGCAACACGACCGAGCUCGCUCCGUUUCGGACAUGGUCCAGCCUCCCUCACAGGCGCCUGCUCCCCCCAAGCCAGAGCGUCCAAAGCCCGAUGCGUUCCAGGAGAGAAUCCUCAAGGGUGACUUUUACAUGGAUUGAAGCGUCAUGGAGCUCUUCUGACUUCAUCUUCUUUCACUGCACAUACUAUUCCCCUCUUGUCACGGCCAGGAUGGCCAGGCAAGCUACCUACCCACCUCUUUUAUAACAGCAUGGCGAUCACUUUUUUCCUCCUUAUUCCUCUGCGCACACCCACACUCACACCGUUUGGAGCUCUUUGAUGCCAGGUUUGGCUGGAGUUGGUCACUUACUCCCUAUUGUCUUUGUUUUCUUUGUCUUAUUUGCUGGUUGGUGCCGAAUUAGGUUCGGCUUAUGGGUCUGGGACUCUGGAGAUUUGUUACAAAGAUUGGACGCGGAUGUAUCGCUGUUUUUAUUGUAUGAUUCGGGAAUGGGACUCCCGCGAUGUAACCGCGUAAAUCUAUCAGGCGGGGUUCAAAAAUGAUGCAAUUUGUAGGUCCCCAAGAUUGGCAACGCAACAGUGUGAUUGACGUUUUCAAAUCGCAAGUGCUACAAAAAAACAAACAAAGGGUUAAAUAACUAGAUAUAGCUAUGUACGAGAAUCGAGCACGUUGUAACUAGUCAACCAUGGUUCCUUUUUGGUGUACAUUGUAGCAACAUGUGUCAAGCAUCGUAUAAGAUGAGCGUUUUGAGAGGUGAAGAUAUCGUUCCAUUAUAGUAGUGAUAGUAGUACAGGAUUUAACGCCAUUGACCUUGAAAUGCUGGUCCCCUUUCAUCCCUGUACAAAAGAAAAGCAAAAAAUAUAAUACAUAAGAAGCGUAGGUGAGCUAGAUAGAACACAGGAGUCUCGUUAUUAAAACGGGAACAAGUUUGGAUCAGGCAGUCCCUGGAACCCAUUCAUAUACCAUGCCUGGUUCAUGGCUGAAAAGUCGUCUACGGCUCGCACGCCAGCAUUUCCCGCUUCGACCAUGGACGAAAAGUCCAAGUCGGAAAGCAUAUUCUGCGUGAGCCACGACGGGAAGCCCAUGGUGGCUUGGUCCUGGCCGCCAACAUCGCCGCCCAUGUUAACCAUAGGCGGCGUCUGGCCAGCGGAUCCGCUGCUCAUGGCAUCACGGAACAUUGGCUGCGGCGGCGUACCAGUUGCACCGUAAGACCAGUUUGCGCUGCCGUCAUGGCCUGUAGCGACCUCAGAGAGCAGCUGCAGCGGCGUGUUUGCAUUCGCCGCGGCAGCCGCAUACGGGUUCUGCGUUGGUGGGUUCGACGGCGGCUGUGUUGUUGGCGCUGGCGCUGGCGCUGGCGCCGGUGUAGCCUUGGCCUUGGCCUUGUCGUCGGCUUUGCUGGGUUCGGGUUUACCCUGCUUGACAAACCAGCUCCUAAGCAUGGCGAGGACGACGAGGAACUUGCUGGCAGGGCGGCACUUGUCGUCGGCGGCGGUGAGGCGGAACUUGUCGAGCAAAGUGUCAAGGUAGUGCUGAACGCGCAUGUUCUCGCGGCCAAUAACGGCGCCGAGCUCGGAUUCCUGGUUCAUAGCAGAGAAGUGCAUCUUCAUGAGCACGACAACGGCGUAGGCCACGCGGACAAAGUUGAACACGGGCAGGCAGCGGAUGCUGUCAAUGUCCAUGGCUAGGAACGUCUCAAAGAUACCUUCAAUAGCCUUGAGACACGCCGAGAUGGCGUUGACAUGCGGAGCGGAGAUGGUUUCGUCUUUGACGAAGCCAGUCUUGAGACUAUCGGUGUCGAAGGGUGGACGGAGAGAUUCGUUGCCGGGCUCUGAGUGAAGCACCAUCUCGUGCAUAUAGAGGUUGAGGACGUCAAAUCCUAAUUUAAGAG